UACAUGGAUAUUACUCUUCAUGAUUUAUACUCAGACAUCAAUGAUCAAUGAUUAAUGAUUUAUACUCCAGCAAUUCCAGGAAUGAUUUUAGGAUAUUGCUCUAGAUUAGGAGUUUUAAAUGGAGUACUCCAUCAGAUUAGGAUACUACUCUAGAUUAGUGUAGCCACUAUCUAACAAUUUUUUUCAGAACUGAAUUUCAGAGUACUCUAAAUGCUGUGUGCCCUAGCAUUUUUGUGUUCCCUGGCAUUUCUGUAGCAUUCAGUAGCAUGACAAUUUUAACAUGUUGAGAAAAUUUCAGUAACAUGAAUUUGAAAUUGAGUACUCAGUGUAAGGAUUAAAUGCACACAAUUUUGGUAUUAGCUUCCCAUUCAACAUUGCGGAAAUUUCAAAUAUGCUAAGUAUCAUUGCUAGUGGUUGGCUGACAAGAGAAGAGAAGACAGUUUAGUUGGCAUGGUUCAGACUAGUAAUUUGUGUUCAAGAAUCUUCCUGUUCUCCCAUUGUUACCAAGCAUGAUCUUGCUUGCAUUGCCGCCUUUGCUACAUGAAGCAAUAGGGUAGGUUCAGUUUCGCUGAAUUUUUGAAACUAUACAUCAUUUGCUGAAUUUUUGCUCUACAUCACUUGCUCCUUGUAAAUUAUUGCAUAUAUAAUUUUUGAAACUAUAGGUGAACCUCUUCAGCAAACAUAAAACAGUUAACUGAAACUGUCUAAAACAGUUAAGUCCACUUGAUGCUUAGCUAAUGCAGGCCAACAAAAUGAAAUGAACUACGAAUUUGUUCUCUGAAAUAGUACAUGCUUUCUCUAGACUGAGUUUCCUGCCUUUUCCAACUGAAACUCAGUCAGCCCUGGCUAAUAAUUAUCUUGCUCACUGACCCAACAACAUCUCAGACUUUGAAGACAUGAGCUGCGAAAUGAUAUAUGGUCAGGUGCCCCCACCAGUGGAAGAAGAUCCAGUGUCGAAACAACCCUGCUAUCCCAGCCUCUGUUCCAUAUCGACGCCCUCCGCUGCAAUAUGUCCCAAAAUUCAGAACUAGUCUUCUGCAAGCGCUCACAAGGGUUUUGAUACAAAAUUGUGCAUGGUGCCAUGGUAUCGGAUAGGCCAGAAUUUCAACAGGGACAAUAGAUAAUGCAUCGGGCAGGGGCGCCGGUACCUUUCACGAGUAGCAGAGCCGGAGUCGUCUGGACGAAGAAGUAGAAGAUCGGGGGCUGCCUGUACGAAGAUCGGGAGCUGCACCACCACUAACAGAAGCAGCAGAGUCAGAGGAAGACGGCAACAGCAGAAGAGGACGGAGUGGCGGAAUACAGCGCGCCGUCAGCCGUGGAGCCGCCGCCCGUCGAGGUGCGCGCAGGUAAGCAGGGGCGGCGCAAAUUGGCAGCCGCGGCUCAGGUGGGCCUUCGUCGCCGGCUGAACACCACGGUGGCUGGGGCGUGCGGUGCAGCGGCGAGGGAGGUGGAAGAAGCAGACGGUUGCUUCGAGUUGGAUUAGGAGCCGGGAAAGGAAAGAGUUGCAGUGUUGCCCGGCGAGGGUCUCAAACUCUCAAUUCAUGCUUAAUUAAGCUUUGGCGCGAAGCUUCAAAUGCACGCAAGCAAAUCCGAUUUUCUCACGGAUCACAUCACAUACGCAUCCACGGUUUGGAAUCGGCCUGAGCUCAUCAAUAAAAGGGAAGGCAGCCAACCUGCUGCCUUUGCCCUCGCCUCGCUCUGACUUCUCUUCUCGCACUUCCGAUCUUCCCCAUCGUCUCCUUCACCAAUCACCAGCCCUUACCCAGCGAAGCGACCGGCGUCCCCUGUUCCCUUCCCAUGGAGAUUGCCUACCCCUACGGCGGGGAGCUCACCAGGAAGCACGGCUCCGUGACAGGCCAGCCGUUUGCCGCCAAGAUCGACAUCAUGUCCGGCCAGAAGCGCGCGAGGGAGAUGCAGAUCCUUCGGCAGCGGUUCCAAGCAGAGCUCGUCGCCGUCCGUGGCCUCCUCCACAAGGCGGCCGCCGUGCUAAUUCCCGCCUCGUCCCCGUUGGCUCCCCGCGUUAAGGAGAGUCGUCCAGGGUUCUUGGCCGAGGAGCCGCCGGCCAAGAAGAGGAAGGCGUCUCCUCCCGUUCCUGUGAUCAAUCGCAAGAAGGCGCCAACGAAGAAGAAGAUGACGGCCUCUGAGAGGGAGAUGCUCGCGGAAGACCUGGAGCUGUUCGUUGCGGAAAUCCCCGAUCACAUCGUCCAGCUCUUGCAGAAGCACAGCUGCGCCACCCGCCCCGGCGAAAUCGAGAUGGACCUCCACGCGUUGGACGACGCUGCUGCUGUCGAGUUACAGGAGCAGGUUGACAAGUUCGCUCGAGAGAGGAGGUCGGCGAAUCCGUCGCCCCAAGAACGCCACCAAGACGGCCCUGAGGCGAUGAACGAAGAGGAGGACGAAGAAGUUGACAUCUGUGGCGGCGUCUCCCCCUUGGUGAUCGUGCCGCAACCUCUGCUGCAAGAACGCCACCAAGACGGCCCUGAGGUGAUGGCCGAAGAGGAAGAGGAGGAAGAAGUUGACAUCUGCGGUGGCGUCUCCCCAUUACCGAUCGUGCCGGCACCUCUGCUGCUCGUCGAAGAUGAAACAGCCAGCGGCAGCCCAAGCUCCAGCAGCAGCAGCAGCAGUUCAGAUACUGAUUCCAGCGACAGCGAUUCAGACACUGAUUCCGGCAGCAGCGACUCGGGUUCAGAGCACUCCGGCGGCAGUGACUCAGAUUCUGAUUCUGACGAGAUCGUCGACAGUCCAGCACCGGCCAUCACGCCUCCAACAUGUGAGCAGCUCGCCCGUGCUCUGGAAAGGCAGCGAAAGGAGGCCACGUCCCGGGCGAGGGAGAAGGCCCGUCAGGAGCUGCUCCACAUGGAGAAGACGGCAAUGCCCGACGAUACCCUACACCGAGAGGAUCUGAAGAGGCUCGGCAUUGAUGAGUACAACACGGCGAAGCCCAGCAACUUGUUGCGGCAGAUUGGGCUCUACCUCAAGGUUGACGAAGACUGGAAGCAGCAACGCCGUCAAAGCUUCCACGAGGAUUUAGAGGAAGGCGAGAUUCGGUCGUGAUCGUCGUUGCUAGCAAGGUCCUAUAACAAGUGAUGCUGUUGCUGAUGGCUUGAUGCCUCACACAAAACUUGUAGCUCUCUUUUGUAGAUUGUAUGUGUGCUGAACAUGAUUGGAUAUACGAAAGUACAUGAUCAAUUACACUGAGUAUCAAUUAAA